CACUGUCUACUGUCAUCUGUUUUUCCUUCAUCGGUACCUUGGAUGCCUGUUUCCUCAUUGUGUACACACACAUACACACACAGACAGUAGGUUUGGUUAUAGGGCCUUACAAAACUAUAAGUUCUAUGGUUCUUGUCUGAAUGCUUUGAUGUGCGUCCCACCAGCUCCUUCCCGUCAGGGUCAAAAGUCUGAUGUGGUUGAUAUGGUGUGGCAAGUCAAACCUUAUACUGAGUUUGAGAGAUAAGACGCAACUUGGAGGUGAAGGUGGUGAGGCAAGAAGGACAGACUUCGGACUUUGGACUUCAAUGGCUUUUCUUCUUGACAACCUGGUGCGGCACUUUGGUUUGUCUCUCUUCACUUGUGGAAAUCAUGAAGAUUGAUUUUGCCCCCUUGGACGUGCCCCUCCAGAGGAGACUGCAGACGGCCGCAGUGCUGCAGUGGGUCUAUUCCUUCAUCGGCCUGGCACCCACCUGCAUCUUCCUGUUCAUUUACCUGCUGUUUACUCGCUUCUGGCUAAUCAGUGUGUUGUACACCAUCUGGUGGUACUAUGACUAUGACACCCCGUCACGCGGAGGCCGCAAGAUGCCUUACUUAUGUGGUCUCAAAUUCUGGGAUUAUCUACGGGAUUACUUUCCCAUCAAGUUGGUGAAGACAGCUGAUUUGGACACCAGGCACAAUUAUGUUGUAGGCUUCCAUCCUCAUGGUGUGCUGGUGGUAGGAGCUUUUACCAACUUCUGCACCUUUACCACAGGCUUCAGAGAGCUGUUUCCUGGCAUCAAAAGCUACCUGCUCAUGUUGCCCCUCUGGUUCAGAGCCCCGUUCUUUAGAGACUACAUCAUGUCUGCAGGUCUAAUUCCUUCAGACAAAGACAGUGCAAGCUACCUGCUCUGCCGAAAGGGUGGUGGUAACGCUGUUGUAAUAGCAGUUGGUGGAGCCCCAGAGGCCCUGGAUGCCCAUCCUGGGACCUACAACGUGAUCUUGGCUGAGAAGAAAGGUUUUAUCAAAAUGGCCAUGGAGCAUGGAGCUCAUUUGCUGCCCGUCUUCUCCUUUGGAGAGAAUGAAGUUUAUGAUCAAGUGGAAAACCCACAAGGAACCUGGCUUCGAUGGAUACAGGAACGGCUGCAAAGGGUCAUGGGUAUCUCCCUGCCUCUCUUUCAUGCACGAGGCAUUUUCCAAUACUCCUUUGGUCUUAUGCCAUACAGAAAACCCAUCAGUACAGUAGUUGGACGGCCAAUUAAGGUGGAGAGGAACAAGAAGCCGACGGCUGAGGACCUUGACACCCUCCAUCAGCUUUAUAUGGAUGAACUCAGCAAUCUAUUUGAGGAACACAAAGGCAACUAUGGAGUGGACAAGGACACACAUCUGAACUUUGUUUAAAUUGGAGGAUGGAGGAGAUCUGAAUGCAUAUAGAGCUCUGGUGCCGCAGGUUCAGAUAGCUGUACUUUGUGAUUUGUCAGUCCAGCAGAGAGAGACAGAGAUGUGGCACAAUCUGAUGCAACCAUACAUAGCAACAGUGACUGACCCGCAUGACUAGUUGGCCUUACAUUUUCACUUACAUUUUCUCUCACCUGGCCUGAGAUGAAUAAACUGUUAUUGGCUGUGAAA